GUGUCUCCCGCAGUGCAUCACAGCCUGACUGAUCAACAUCAACAUCAUGAAGGGCUUCAUUGUAUUGGUUUUGACUGCUGCUGUUUUGCUGACUGUUACUGCUAAGAAUUCCAGGGAAAGAGGAGGAGGAGGAAGAAGCAAUGAAGACCGUCGUUCCUGCAUUGGAAAACUGUGCGGCCGUAACAACGUAACAUGUCUGAACUGUGUCAACAACCUGAACCUGACGCGUUCUGUCUUGAAGAACUGUGUGCGUGGUUCAUCAGGCUGUGUUGCUGCUACAGUUAUUUCAUGCCUCACAGCAGCAAACUCUACGGCUACGUCAUGUUUCCCAGCAAGCACAAGUGGGUAGAGUGUACCCUCUGUACCCUAACAUGUGCCCACUACCUGUUGACGACCCACCUGCCCACACCAUGUUGACGACCCACCUGCUCACUCCAUAUUGACGACACACCUGCUCACAUGUUGACAAAGCACCUGUCUAAUACACAUGUUGACAAAACACCUGUCUAAUACACAUGUUGACAAAACACCUGUCUAAUACACAUGUUGACAAAACACCUGUCUCAUACACAUGUUGAAGGCUCACUUCUGUAUUUCCCCAGCUCGUAAGUAAACAAUCAGUAGAUAACUAACAAGAGUGAAAAGGGAAAUUGUAAUUGACGAAAGUAAAAUGUGGAAGAAAAAGCAAAUGUUGUUUGUGAAGAGGAAGAUGGAAACGAAAUGAAAAAAUAACAUUUAGUAAGAAUGAGAAUAAACUCAACUUUGAUAUGUGAAAUCAUUUAAUAAAACCUAGAUGGAGUGGAUAUAAAGUUUAAACUCAGUGUUUCCAACACUACCGAACACAUGUGCUCCUAUA